GAAUCGGCCUGGGUUGGGUAUAUAAGGGUUGGAUGCCCUGGGCAACCUUAUUCUGCAACAAGAACUCACAGUCAUGCAUCAGAGCUUCUAAAUGAGAUUCCUUGUGUAAAAAUCAGCAUAAGUUAAAUGAGCAUCUAUUUAAUUUUUUAGUGGAAGGAUAUAGAUUUCGUCAUUAUUUAAUUCUCAAAGGGGUGAAAGAAAAAGGUGCUUUUUAGAGAUUUAGUAUUGUUGAAGACAGAGCUUGGAGAAUUAUGUCUGUACCAAACCCAGUCACAAAAUGCUGCAAAAAUUGUUGGACCGUGAAGAACUGGAAGAAGAAACUUCCCAUUAUAACAUGGAUACCCAAGUACAGGCUUCCACAUCUCCAGGGUGACUUGAUUGCUGGCUUUACAGUUGGUCUGACAGUAUUGCCCCAAGCUUUGGCAUAUGCCCAACUGGCGGAACUUCCUGUGGAGUUUGGUCUGUACACUGCAAUGAUUGGAGGUUUUGUCUACUGUAUUCUGGGGACUUCCAAAGAUGCAGCUUUAGGUCCAGCAGCAGUGGUGUCGUUGUUAACAGCUUCUUUUGCCACGACCAGAGCACCUGUUAAACAUGAUGCAACUUAUGCCAUUAUCCUAACUUUCUUUGCUGGAAUAGUGCAGCUACUGUUGGGCAUACUUAACAUGGGUUUUGUUGUGAACUUUGUGUCAUUGCCAGUGAUAAGUGGCUUCACCUCAGCAGCAGCUGUCACUAUUGCACAGUCACAGUUGAAGAAAUUGUUUGGGUUGAAAAAUGUGGACCGUGAAUUCUUCCCAGGGCUUAUUGAUAUCUUUGAAGAUAUACAUUCUACUAAUAUUUAUGAUUUGAUUCUUGGCAUAUCCUGCAUCGUCAUAUUGACUCUUCUGAAGCAAUUGAAGGUUCUGAAAUUCAAAGGAGAAGACGAUGGCACAAUUACUAAGAAGAAAUCGGCAUUGAAAAAAGCAUUAUGGUUUAUUGGAACAUCUCGUAAUGCCAUUGUUGUGAUCACUUGCUCUGGGAUGGCCUAUGGACUGAUGGCACAUGGGAUUAAUGUGAUAACCAUCACUGGAGAGUUGAAAUCUGGACUACCACCCUUUAAGUUCCCGAAUACCACUUUGGAAAUUCCCAGUCAGAAUCGCACUGUUUCAUUUGGAGCAAUAUGUGCAGACAUAGGUGCUGGUUUCAUUGUUGUUCCUUUGGUUGCUGUACUUGAGAUUAUUGCAAUUGGAAAAGCCUUCUCCAGGCAGAACAAUUACAGAAUUGACCCCAGUCAAGAAUUCAUAGCUACAGGUGCUGCCAAUAUUCUUGGUAGUUUUGUGUCUGCCUAUCCCAUCACUGCUAGUUUCUCCAGAAGUGCAGUCAAUUCACAGAGUGGGGUCAGGACACCGCUAGGUGGAGUGGUUACAGCUACCAUUGUGGUGCUGGCUUUGGCAUUUUUGACUCCAUACUUCUACUACAUUCCUGAUGCUGCCCUUGCAACUGUGAUCAUUUGUGCAGUGGUUGACAUGAUUGAAGUCCACAUUCUUAUUGAACUUUGGAGAGUCAAAAAGAUUGACCUGUUACCACUUGUGGCAACAUUUGUGUUUGCAUUGGCAAUAGGUGUUGAGUAUGGACUGCUUAUUGGCUCUGCCAUUUCAUUGUGUCUUCUCAUGUAUCCAAUGAUAAGGCCAAGGUUGACACACAACAUUGUCACUGAAAUUCACAAUGUGGCUGACCUUCCACAGAAAAGAGGACCUAUUAAGUCUAUAAUAACAAAUCUGCAACAAGAAAUGAUUCUAAUCCUGGCACCGAAGGCAGGUCUUAUGUUUCCUGGUGUGGAAUACCUAAGAGAUAAGAUAAACAAUCAUGCUUUAUUAUCUGCUCAUCCUAAAUCUGUAAUCAUAGAUUUUUCUCAAGUUUGGGAUGUUGAUUUUAGUGCUGUUAACUUUGUGAAAAGCAUUUACCAAGAUUUUGGAAACCAUAAGUGCUUACAUUUGGCUUUUGUUGGAAUGCAGGACAAUGUCUUGAAAAUGGUGAAGGCAGCAGAAAUUGAGGGUUUUAAACAUUUUAUUAAUACUCAAGAUGCAAUGGAUGACAUCUUCAAAACAAUACGCAUGGAAGAACUUAAAAAUGAUGACAGCAAAGGUGUCUAUGAACAGCUGAACAGAGUUUCCAGUAUAAUACAGCUGGAAGAACAAAGCCGUUUCAGCAGUUCAGCGAGUGAUGUUUCCACACAAGACCCCUCUGAAGUCGGGGAAGAAGAAUAUGACAACAAAGCCUUUGAUGGUUCAAUUGAAGAUGUGACUUGCAAUGAAGACAAAGACACAGAGAACACACAAUCGAAUUAUAUUUGAAAUUUUUCUUGACUUUGUAAAAUUGAUUCUAUUCUGGCUAUUUGGUGAUAUUUUUGUGGAAUAUCUUUUAUUUGGAUUACAGUUGGCUAUGAUUUCUGACAAGCUUCAAUUAAACUUGAAGCAUACAAUGGUACUAGACUAUACAUAUUAUGUUUUACAUUUGUUGCAAUUUUGCAAUUUCUGUAUUCCUCCAUUAAUGUGUUGUAAGAGAUAAAUAAUUUAAAGUUAUAUUGGGUAUAUAAGACAAUUAUUUCAUAAAUGCCUAAUAAACUUGCUUAUUAAUA